AUGUCUGGGAGGCGAACGCGGUCCGGAGGAGCCGCUCAGCGCUCCGGGCCAAGGGCACUAUCUCCUACUAAGCCUCUGCGGAGGUCCCAGCGGAAAUCAGGCUCUGAACUCCCAAGCAUCCUCCCUGAAAUCCGGCCGAAGACACCCAGUGCGGCUGCAAUCAGAAAGCCCAUCGUUUUUUAGAGAAUUGUGGCCCAUGCUGUAGAGGUCCCAGCUGUCCAGUCACCUCGCAGGAGCCCUAGGAUUGCCUUUUUCUUGGAGAAAGAAAACGAGCCCCCGGACAGGGAGCUUACUAAAGAGGACCUUUUCAAGACACACAGCAUCCCUGCCACCGCCACCACCACUCCUGUGCCCAACCCUGAUGCCGAGUCCAGCUCCACGGAAGGAGAGCUGGACGCCAGAGACUUAGAAAUGUCUAAGAAAGUCAGGCGUUCCUACAGCCAGCUGGAGACCCUGGACUCUGCCUCCACCUCCACCCCAGGCCGCCGGUCCUGCUUUGGCUUGGAGGGGCUGCUGGGGGCAGAAGACUUGUCCGGAGUCUCACCAGUGGUGUGCUCCAAAUUCACUGAGGUCCCCAGAGUCUGUGCAAAGCCCUGGGCCCCAGACAUGACUCUCCCUGGAAUCUCCCCACCACCCGAGAAACAGAAACGUAAGAAGAAGAUGCCAGAGAUCUUGAAAACGGAGCUGGAUGAGUGGGCGGCGGCCAUGAACGGGGAGUUUGAAGCUGCUGAGCAGUUUGAUCUCCUGGUUGAAUGAGAUGCAGGGGGGGUGCACCUGGCCAGACUCUCCCUCCUGUCCUGUACAUAGCCCCCUCCCUGUGGAGGGGACACUUAGGGUCCCCUCCCCUGGUCUUGUUACCUGUGUGUGUGCUGGUGCUGCACAUGAAGCCUGUCUGCCUUUGGGGGCUUGGGCAGCAGUGGCAGCCAUCUUCGUUUUAGGAAAUGGGGCCGCCUGGCCCAGCCACUCACUGGUGUCCUGUCUCUCGUCAUCCUGUCCUUCCUAUCUCUCCAAAGUACCACAGCCAGUUUCCAGAUGGGCCGCAGACUGGGGAGGAGAAUCACUGGCCCAGCCAGAAGUUAAAGGGCUGAGGGUUGAGGUGAGGGGCACCCUCUGCUCUUGCUGGGAAGGGUGGCUCCUUGGAAAUAGGCCCAGGGGUUCUGCCAGCCUCGGCCUUUCCAUCCUGAGUUGCCUUCUGUUGGUGGCUUUCUUCCUGAACCCAUCUGCGUAAAGAGGUUUUCGGUUCCGUGGGUUUUCCUUCCAAUUCUGUAAAUAGUCCCAGAGAGAAUUCGUGGGCUGAGGGCAAUUCUAUCUUGGAGGAAGAAGCUGGACAUUCAGCCUGUGGAGUUUUGAAGGAUGUGGGGAGCCUUAGUUGGGUCUCAGACCAUAAGUGUGUACUACACAGAAGCUGUGUUUUCUAGUUCUGGUCUGCUGUUGAGAUGUUUGGUAAAUGCCAGGUUGAUAGGGCACUGGCUGCUUGGAGCAAAGGGGCCACCAGGUGCUGUGGGUUUCUGUGGCUCACGGCCUCUGGGCUGGUGCUUUGCGCAGGGCCCACGCUCGA